GCCUUCGUGGAGGUCCGUCCUUGUGUACGGGUGGGCGUGGCCGUGCGCGUCACGUAGCUCCUUCUCUCCGUUUCUUCGCUGCGUCGAGGCCGACUUGGAGGGAAGCGAGCGUCGUCGGAAGGGACAAGAAACAAGAGGCGCGAGCAGAAAACCGCAACCCCACCCAUCCCAAAAAAGCUGCCUCAGGAGCAGUGAAGUGUCUUCAUGGCAGUUCGUCGAGGACACAAUAAAUACUUGAAAGCUGAGCUACAGGAGGUGUAUGACAUGUCAAACGGUUACGAAGACCACAUGGGAGGGGACGAGGGGAAGGAUAUCAAGACCAACCUGAUAGUGAACUACCUGCCUCAGAGCAUGACGCAGGAUGAGCUGCGGAGCCUCUUCAGCAGCAUCGGAGAGGUGGAGUCAGCCAAGCUGAUACGAGACAAAGUCGCAGGCCACAGUUUAGGGUACGGAUUUGUUAACUAUCUUAACCCUAGUGAUGCAGACAGAGCUAUCAGUACACUGAAUGGACUAAGGCUACAGUCCAAAACUAUCAAGGUUUCAUAUGCACGGCCCAGCUCAGAUACAAUAAAAGAUGCCAACCUGUAUAUCAGCGGCCUCCCCAAGUCCAUGACCCAGAAGGAUGUGGAGGACAUGUUUUCACGUUACGGACGCAUCAUAAAUUCUCGCGUACUUGUUGACCAGGCGUCAGGUUCAUCCCGCGGCGUAGCUUUUAUCAGGUUCGACAAGCGAGCCGAGGCCGAGGAGGCGGUCAAGAACCUGAACGGCCAGAAGCCGCCGGGCGCCGCCGAGCCGAUCACGGUGAAGUUCGCCGCCAAUCCAAACCAGGCGAAGAACACGCAGCUCAUCUCUCAGCUGUACCACAACCAGUCCCGGCGCUUCGGCGGGCCCUUACACCACCAGGCACAGCGCUUCAGGUUUUCUCCCAUGGGUGUGGACCACAUGGGCGGGAUGGGCGGCGUCGGCGUCCCGGGGAACAACACGUCCGGCUGGUGCAUCUUCAUCUACAACCUGGGCCAGGACGCAGACGAGAGCAUCCUGUGGCAGAUGUUCGGCCCCUUCGGCGCCGUCACCAACGUCAAGGUCAUCCGAGACUUCAACACCAACAAGUGCAAAGGCUUCGGCUUCGUCACCAUGACCAACUACGAGGAGGCGGCCAUGGCCAUCGCCAGCCUGAACGGCUACCGGCUCGGAGACAAGAUCCUGCAAGUGUCCUUUAAGACCAGCAAGGGCCACAAGUAGAGCAGGAGAGAGACAAUCCGGCGCGCUAGACGAGAGCAGGAAGCAGCCUGUGCCAGACUCCUGUUGCAGAAAGCUGAAGUGUUAGGUUUUCCCAAGUCUGGCACAUCAUUUUGGGUUUUGAUGUAUUCAGAGUUAAGCAAGAACUUUUUUCUUCUGCACCUUUGUACUUGUCUAAAAGAGUGUCUAGGUUUUUUUUCUUCUUCUUCUUCUUGUUCUUCUUCUUCUUCUUUCAUUGUUAAACUCCUGCGUGGGGCCCGAGAACAUUCAGUUGGAAUUUUUUUUUUUUUUUUUUUUUGGAAGUGAAUGAAGAGGGUAAAAUCUCAAAUUAUCUCCCCCGGGAUAACCGUUUUGACAAUGAUGUAACAAAUGAAAUACUGUCUAUAUGUUUUGCAUGUUAACUGGGUUCUCGAUUAAAAAAAAAACUAGUCUCUUGCGGUGCACUGAGAAAUUCCCAACAAAAGAAGUGAAAAAAAAAAACAAAAAAACAUUGCCAUUACACUGGCUAAUUUAAAGUGGUAAAGGAGGAUAUUUUUCCUACGCCAGUUAUUUGUAUUGGUUCAGAAAAAGCAGUGCUCUGUCUGAUCUGGUCAUUAGUAGUAAUAGAGGCCUUAAAUGAUCAUCCGGUCGACAGAGCUUCCAAAACCACUCGCUGUUUCAAGUCGGUCUGAGAGCAAAGCACUUUGAACAUAUAUUGGUUUAGGUCGCCAAGAAUAUCGAGUCUUUUUGAUGUUAAUCUAUGACGUCUGCUCAGCUUCAAACAAGGCUGAACAGACGGGAGGGAAGUGGUGUUUGUUUUCCCUGCUGGAAGUGUCUUUUUUUUUUUUUUUUUAAUUUUAAUGGACAUUUUGGGAGAGAAAAUAAAAGCCCCUGUCAAUGAGGAAGGAAUUCAGAUGGACCAAAGUCAGGGAGAGAUUUCAGUCGUAACCCAGGAGGAGUUUCUGGACAUGUUUUCACAGGUUGAAUUCACUUUUCUUUUUCUUUUUGAAGAGGUACUAAGUUUAUAUCAGACUAACUGACAGCGGCAUCGUUUUGGCAGUUUGCCAUCUGUUUUUUCUUUUUUUUUCCGUUUUCUUUUUUGUUUUUCUUUUCUUUGUAGAGGCUUAAAAUUUCAUUUGUAUCAGGAUAAGUUACAAACUUGUUUUUAAGGAGUGCUUAUCUCAGAUUUGGAGAGAACUUUAAUGGCCUUUGUUAUUGAUUUAAGUUUAGUUUUGCUUUAUUUUCUUUUGCUUUGUUUCUCCUUUAUUUUGUUUUGGUUGUUUCACUUUAAACAAGAAACCAUUAAAUUUUGUUUUGUUUUGCCGAAAGUUUUGUUUGGUUUGUUUCUUUUUUUUAAUUCUUUCUUUUUUUAGGUUUAUGUUCUCUCUCUUUUUUUUUUAAUUUUAUUCUUCUGAUUAGGAGAUCUGCAGCGCUGACUGAAAGACGUGAAAUUAAACAAGAAACGGCGUCACUGGAGGCUUUUACAUUUUACAAAACAUUUGAAAUAGAUCGUUUUCUUUAUGGACCAAUGUGAGAUGAGGUUAGAAUUACUUUAGCGUACUGGCACUUGAAGGGAAAUUUGUGUCCAGUCGACGGUUAUUCUCUGGUUGAGGACUUUCAAAACCACAGAGGAGCAACAGAAUUGUGCAACCAGUUGCUUUUGAUUAUCUGUUUUCAGCUUUUUAAUGCAAUCUUUUAAGAAGCCAAAUUUGUUGUGUACCGGUGGCUAUUUUUUUUCUAAAGUGAGGAUAAGUAUCCGCUGCUCACUCUGACCUGAACCACUGUCCUCCUCCCCUCUUUUACUGACUUCAUUUUGUCUUGUUGCGUGCUAACUUCUCAUUUAAUGGGGGAAUUCGGUUCAGUGCGUCUUGAUUUUGACGUCUGAGGAUGAAAGUCGGAGCGUUGGCACUGCUGUUGUCUCGACACCAUCGGAAAUGAGGUCAUAUUUAAUUUUCCCUUGACCAAUACUAAACCUUGCAUGUCUUUUAAAUUGUGAAGCCCGUCUUUUAAGACUUUCCCACCAGCGCGAGCUUCAGUCUUAAAGAUGCAUUUUAGUGUUUCCAUGUGUUAUUUUUUUUUUUGUUUUUGUUUCACAGUCUGUAACGUUGUGCAAUAUUUCCUGCUCCGCUCGAAGCAGGCGAUAGAGAUCAGUUCUAGUGUGGGGCUGUCAUCCGUUUUGAUAUAUUUGAUUUUUCUACUGACACGUUACUGCUUAGUUUCUCUCAGCAGUCUGGUAGAAGUUGCAUGAAAGAUGCAAGUUAGAUUUUAGGGGCAGUCGAGACAAGCUGCAUUCCGCCUUAAUUUAUAAGUGGGAGGUUUUACAUUGCGUGUAUUUUUCAUCAGAGGAGGCGAGGUUAUUUAUUUGAUGGUGUAUGCAGUCAUACUUGAUUCUCACUGAAAGUGUUUUUUUUUUUUUUUUUGAGUUGUUUUUCUUGGUUUUGAGCACUAAGUUAAGUCCACUAUUUGUCUUCUAACAUUGGAUCAUUUCAAUAAAAA